GCAAGCUUGCUCUCUCAGUCUAUGCAUAGCGCUGCAGUUUGCACAGGACCCUUUCUUUUCAAAUUGCAGGGCGUGUCCUCUCCUCUGUACUCUCCUGUUGGCAGGGAAUUGCGGGCAUUACGGAACCAGACAUAUCGCCUGACGGAAGAAACAGUCAUCGAUGGCGUCCACAGCAGCCUUGCGCUUAUCGUGUUCCUGUCCUUCUUUGGCCUCGUCAUCUACUAUAACUACAGAUCCACUUGCAUUGUCCGAGCCUGCAAAUUUCUUUGGGCAUCGAUCCAGCUUUUAUCAACGCAGGAAUCUCCAAAUUCAUAGGUCCACACCAAAUGCGAGGCCGCACCAACCUUCUCUUACAAAGCAGGGAUCAGGGCUGUCAAUGCGGAAGCAUCCCCGCGGUGGUGCCCUGGCUGCAACUGCGGAGACUUCCACGGCGUUUGGCACCAAGACGUCGCUGAAGAUCCUUCUAGCAAACCAAGUAAACUUUGGAGAACGUCAUGCCGUCUUUGGGGCGGGGGAUGCUCUCAAGAAUUGGCAGGAGGCGGUUGAGAUGCACUGGACAGAUGGCGGCUGGGUGUUGGACGUUGGCGCCCUCCAGCCAGGGCAAAAGGUGGAGUUCAAGGCUGUGAUCGUGCACGGAGACGGCGGGGUGCAGUGGGAAAACGGCCCUAAUCGGAUCAUCCAACUGCCAGAUGGGGGAGGCGCUUAUUCCGUCACUCUGCACUGGGAGAAGACUGGGGAAGAGUUGCAGUUGCAAGGAGUGGAUGGACAGAUUGCCAACGGGGAGGCUGCGCAGGGGGCCCCAACAGAGGCACCAAAGGAUGCGGGGAACGGCAGGGCCAGAAGUGAGAACGGGGCCAGUGAGGUCAGCGAGUUUGGGAGCAAGUGGCAGGGCAAGGACAUUGCGUUCAUGAGGAGCAAUGAGCACUCAAGGGAAAGAAGCGGGAAAUGGGACACGAGCAAUCUGAGCGGCCCCGCGGCGCGCCUGGUGGACGGCGACAAGCACGGCGGCAGCUGGUGGCAGAAGCUGGAGGUGGUGAAGGGCCUCGUGGUGCCGCCGGAGGUCGGGCAGAAGCCGGACUUCGACGCGCUGGUGAACGCCAACAUCUACCUGCAAUGGAUUAACACGGGCGCCAUUUCGUGUGUUGAGAGCGGGGGCCACCACCGGCCCAACAAGCACGCCGAGAUUGCGCGCAAGAUCUUCCGGCAACUAGAGUGGGAGCUCGGUAGGAAGACCACAACGUCCGAGGAGAUGCUGGUGCUCCGGCGGAUCCAGCCCCGGCUGCCCUCCUUCUCGGAGCAGUUCACACAGUCCGUUCCGCUCACCCGGAUCAGAGACAUCGCCCACCGGAACGACAUCCCGCACGACUUGAAGCAAGAGAUCAAGCACACGAUCCAGAACAAGCUCCACCGCAACGCUGGCCCGGAGGACCUGGUUGCCACGGAAGCGAUGCUGCAGCGGGUUUCAAAGGGCGACUACAGCCAGGAUUUCGUGAAGGAGCUCCGGGUCUUCUACGGCGAGCUCAAGGACUUUUUCAAUGCUGGCAGCUUGACCGAGCGCCUGGAGCAGAUCCGCCACUCCCUCGACGACAGCGCCACGUCAGCACUCGACCACUUCCUCAGCCGCAAGCAGAUCCUCGACGACUUCGACGCGCAGCAAAAGGCGGAGAAGCUUCCGGAGGUCCUCGUUGGCGCGCUGCACGCGCUUACGGGGCUGAGGGCGCAACUUCUGGGGGGCCUCGCGAGUGGGCUCAGGAACGAUGCCCCGGACUCGUCGCUUGCGCAGCGCCAGAAGUGGCGAUUGUCGGAGAUCGGGCUCGAGGACUACAGCUUCGUCCUGCUGAGCCGCUUCGUGAACGCGGUUGAGGAGAAGGGAGGGCCUGCGGCGCUGGCGGAAGAGGCCAAGAAAAGCAACGUCCAGCCCUUCAACUUCCCCCUCGGCGCGACCGUCCUCGGCAUCCGCCAUCUGGGCCUCUCCGGCUGGCAGACCGCCGAGUGCCUCGCGAUCGAGAACGAGCUUCACGCGUGGCAGCAUGCGGGGAUCGUCGACCGGGAAGGCCCUGUCAAGGACGUCAAGACGUGGGCGCUCAGGCUGAAGGCGACGCUGGACAGGGCCCGCCGGCUCGCGGAGUCGUACUCGGAGGCGUUGUUGGAGAUCUAUCCGGAGCGGAGCCUGAAGCUGGGGGACGCGCUUGGGGUGCCGGAGAAUUCGGUUCGGACGUUCACCGAGGCCGAGAUCCGGGCGUCCGUCGUGUUCCAGCUGUCCAAGCUGUGCAGCCUGCUGCUCAAGGCGCUGCGUGACGUCAUCGGAGGGGGUGGCUGGGACGCCCUUGUCUCGGGCAGUGCGGUGGGCACUUUGGUGUCGGUGGACAGGAUCGAGCCCGGCGCGCUGACGUCAGCAGCGAAGGGCGGCCCGCUGAUCCUGCUCGUGAAGGAGGCGUCGGGUGACGAGGAGGUGAAGGCGGCAGGCGAGGAGGUCAAGGGCGUGGUGCUGUGCCAGGAGUUGCCACACUUGUCUCAUCUGGGCGUGCGCGCGCGGCAAGAAGGCGUCGUCUUCGUGACUGCUGAGGACGAAGAAAAGGUGCGGGACCUGCGCGGGCUGGAGGGGAAGCGGGUCAAGAUUGACGCCAGCGCGGAGGGCGUGACUGUCGAACCAUUUGACGGGGAAGAGGCAGUGUCAAGCAAUAACGGCGCAGCAUCAGCCGCCGGAGUGCCGGGCAAGGCCUCCUCAGCCGGCAAGAUCAAGUACAGCCCGGGAGGAACGUUCAUCGAGUUGGCAGAUACGACCGUUGAGACCGGCGGGGCGAAAGCAGCAGCGUGCGGCGAGAUUGCCGGCUUGGCGAAAAGCUCUACUGAAGUCAAGAGCUCCUCAGGCGUUCCGGCCACGUUCAAGUCGCCCACCGGGGGCCUCAUCCCUUUCGGCGCUUUGGAAGCCGCGCUUGACGCAAGCAAAAGCCGGGCGAAGUUCAACGAACUGGUCAAGAAGACGGAAACGGCGAAAGUGGAGGGCGGGGAACUAGACGCGGUCUGCAAUGAGCUGCGGGCGCUGAUCGAAGCACAGCGACUGCCGGAGAAAGUGAUCCAGCGAGUCGGGAAGGCCUUCUCGGCAGAUGCGCGGCUUAUUGUGCGCUCCAGUGCCAACGUGGAGGACCUUGCUGGCAUGUCCGGAGCCGGGCUGUAUGACUCCAUCCCCAACGUCAAGGCGUCCGAACCAGAGGAGUUUGCAGAGGCCGUCUCAAAGGUGUGGGCGUCCCUGUUCACGCGGCGUGCGGUGCUGAGCCGACGCGUUGCGGGCGUCCCCCAAAAGGAGGCGGCGAUGGCCAUCCUGGUGCAAGAGCUCUUGGCGCCGUCGCUCAGCUUCGUUCUGCACACCGUCAGCCCGGUUGACGGCAAUCGGGACAUCGUCCAGGCGGAAAUUGCCCUGGGUCUUGGCGAGACGCUGGCCUCCGGCACUCGGGGCACGCCUUGGAGGCUCGCCGCAAGCAAGUCCAGCAAGACGGUCGACACGCUGGCGUUCGCCAACUUCAGCGAGAAGCUGGUCGUGGCGGGGGGCAAGGCGGACGGGAGCAUGACGCGGGAGGUCGCUGACUACAGCAAAGUGGCCUUGACAAAGGACGCCGAGGAGCGGAUACGUCUGGGACAGAGGUUAGCGUCCAUUGGGGCGUACUUAGAGAAGAGCCUCGGAGCGCCGCAGGACGUUGAGGGUGCCGUUGUUGGGGGAGACGUGUAUAUUGUGCAGUCAAGGCCCCAACCUUUGUAGAGCUUGCAAGUUCAGCGUGAUUUUUGUUCGCACUCUAUCGAACAUUUCAGAGGUACUCUUUGGCAAUAAGAUCGGAAGACUGAGGUAACCUGACGGUCACAUGGCAAUAACCAGAUCCUGCUUGUUCGGUUUUCAGUUGCUGUUGCAGGCAGUGUGAACAGUGAACGGAGAAAGUAACUCGACCAGCACGUUAGUAUUUGAUAGAUAUGGGACCUUUUGAGAAUGUGUUGAAUCUGUGCCUCCAUAUGAUGCACAACACACCGGGCCCCAGCCAUCACCAG